GCUAGGUCAAGCUGAUAUCAUAAAACAUUUCUGGGAUAAAAUGUCGUAUUUAUUAACGGAAAUUGCCCUUGAAAUGCUGGGCUAUAAGUUUUACGACACAAAUGGUGUAUUCCAUUUGAUAAACUUUCAACAAUCAUCAGAAUCUGCCCAAUCCGAAGGCCAGACGCAUCCGCAAGAACCCUCGUUAGCGGAGUUUAUUGACCAGCCAACGCCCGCCGACUCCGAGAAGAAUACUGGACAAAAGGGCGAACAGGCACAGCCAUCAACUGUUCCCUCAGCUAUACAACUGCGUGGCGCUCCCGUUCGUGCAUUGGCUAAAAUGAUGGAAUUCCAAAACGAUAAACAGCCGCAGAAGCAACAAACACAGACGCGGCCGCAAGUGCAGCCCCAGCACCAGCAACAAAAGCCGCUGAAAAGAUUAUCCAGUUCGUCAGUUGAGGCUGAACCAACGAAUACAACUAAUUCAACCCGUCGAACACCCACCAAAGCUUUGACCAAUAUUUUAAGCUAUGAAAGGUUUAAAAUACGCAAUCAAAUAAUAACGCGUAUGGAAAAAACAGUGAAGAAAGAACCGGGAACACCCAGUCAGGAGACGCUGCAAGAAUGCCUUAUGGCUGAGUUGAAGAAAUUAGUGAAUGACGCUAACGAUAUGCAAGAGUUUCGGCAUUUCUUGGAGGACCGUCUAAAACGCAUUGAUUCUCGUCCAUAUGAAAUCUACGUCCGAACGUUUCCUGCGGAAUAAUUUUAGCAUACAUUUAAGUUACUGUGUACAAAUAUCAUUAAAUGGCGUACUUAUAAAGUUAACAUUUUAGUUAGUAUUAAUUCAUUUA